AUGGCCAAGGUCCUCAAUCGCAUGGUGAACGAUGUCCGCACGGAUUAUACCUGGAACCGAGUCGGCCGUCUGGCGAAACAGGGCAUCAAAGCCACUCCCACAACAGCCGCUCACUACGCGCUGGACAAAGUGCCCAUCAUCGGCUGGCUGCCACGAUACGACUACCGAUGGAUAAUCAACGAUGUCAUUGCCGGUCUGACAAUCGGACUUAUGCUCAUCCCGCAGAGUUUGUCUUACGCCAAAAUCGCUACGAUCCCGGUCGAAUAUGGCCUGAUGUCGAGCUGGGUGCCGCCGUUGCUGUAUACGUUUAUGGGAUCAACGAAAGGAACAGAUCUCUCCACUGGCCCGACUUCGCUACUUGGCUUGACUACCCACGAGGUGAUCAAGUCUAUCGGGACCGAUGAGUACACGCCGCAACAGAUUGCUUCUGCGGUAGCUAUGUGCAUUGGGCUGUACGGUAUUAUCCUUGGGUUCCUCAACCUUGGAUUUCUGCUUGAAUUCAUCUCCCUCCCGGUCCUCAGCGGCUUCAUCACGGCCGUAGCCAUCACCAUCGGUCUCAACCAAAUGGAUUCCCUCCUCGGAGAAGACAACGUAGGCGACGGAGCAGCGACACAAAUCCACGACAUCUUCCAACAGCUCCCCAACGCAAACGGCUACGCCUGUGCCAUCGGCUUCGGCGGCAUCAUCUUCAUGACCAUCCUCGAAAAAGCCGGCAAGCGAUGGGGAGACAAAUACAAAAUCGUCUGGCUGCUCUCUAUCACCCGCGCCUUCCUCUGCCUCGUCGUCUUCACCGGCAUCAGCUACGGCGUUAACAAGAAAUUCGGCACCGACAGCGAUCGCUACCUCUUCGAAGUCGUCAAGGUCAAGUCUUCCGGCAUCGCAACACCCGAAGUCCCAUCUUCCGCUCUCAUCUCCAAGACCUUCCCACGCAGUAUCGCCGCCUUUGUCGGUUCAGCUCUCGAGCACGUCGCCAUCGCCCGCGCCUUCGCCGUCAAAAACAACUACCAAAGCGACCAGACGCAAGAACUCUCCUACUACGGCGUCACCAACUUCGUCAACUCCUUCUUUCACUCCAUGGGCGUCGGCGGCGCCAUGUCCCGCACCUCCGUCAACUCCCAAUGCAAAGUCAAAUCCCCCUUAUCAGGCAUCAUGACCGUCGCCGUAGUCCUCAUCGGCAUCUUCGAAGUCUCCGACGCCCUCUACUGGAUCCCCAAAUCCACCCUCGCAGCCAUCAUCAUCACAGCCAUCUGGCCCCUCAUCCAACCCCCCUCAACAUUCUACCGCUACUGGAAAACCUCCCUCGCAGACUUCAUCUCCAGCAUGAUCGCCUUCUGGGUCUGCCUCUUCGUCAGCACGGAAUACGGCCUCGCAGCGGCAGUAGGCUUCAACAUCGUCUACGUCCUUCUCCGCCAAGUCUUCACAAACGCUCAAUCCAUAUCCUCCAACAACGACGCCGAAGUCUCCCAACUCCUCCCUCACACUCCAACCCAUCCUUCAACAAUCCCCGAAGACGUGCGCAUCUUCCGCUUCAAAGAAUCCUUCUUCUUCCCCAACGCCCACAGGAUCAAAAGCGGGAUGAUGGACAGCAUCCAAACCCACCACGCACCCGCCUACACCGCGCGCAACGGCGCAGAAGCAGAACGAAACUGGUCGGUCCAAAGCGAACGCCACGUAGCCCGACUACGGAGGAAGACGAAAAUCACCGACCCCUCAAGUCUCCCGCCAAUCCACCUCGUGGUCAUGGAUUUCACACGCUGCAACCACCUCGAUACCACGGCUGUGACGCAAUUGAAGCAGUUCGUCGCGGAGUUGAGGCUGUAUGCUGGGAAAGAGGUGGAGUUGAGGUUUACGGGUAUGUCGGAUUAUGUGUGGAGUCGCAUGUCGAGGGCGAGGUUUGAGGUUGUGGAUGAGGAGGAGGAUGGCGGAGAAGAUGAGGCGGUGAGGCAUUAUGGGAGUUUGGCAAAGGCUGUGUUUGGGCCGAGGAGGAGGAGGGACAGUGAGGAUGUUGGUGGGGAUAUGGAGAAGAAGGGGAAUGCGGUGGAGGAGAUUGAGGAGGUGGAGCAGAGGGUCUAG